AUGUUCAUCUCACAACCUACAAGGUCAACUUGCAUUGGAAUUGACUUAGGAACAACAAAUUCAUGUAUGUGUGUUUUUGAUAAAACAACACCUCGAAUUCUUGAGAAUGCAGAAGGAAAACGAACAACACCAUCUUGUGUUUCUUUUACACCAACAGGAAUAUUAGUUGGAGAACCAGCAAAACGAAUGGAAGCAUUACAUCCAACAACUACUAUCAGUGGAAUUAAGAGGAUGAUAGGGUGUCAAUACAAAAAUGAUAAACAAGAAAGAAGACCUUAUAAAAUUGUUAAAGGAAGGAAUGGAGAAGGAUGGAUUCAUAUUAAUGGGAAGACAUAUUCCCCAACAGAAAUUUCAUCAAUUAUUCUUAAGAAAUUAAAAAAAGGUGCAGAAGCUAAACUAGGGAAAAGAGUAGAUGAAGCAUUUUAUCUUCUUUCAUUUUAUUCUCUUAUUUCCUUAUUUCCGUUUUUGUUAUUUCAUUUUGUUAUAUUUAUAUUAUUUUAUUUAUUCUUCUUUUUAUUUUCAUUUGAUAUCAUUUUGUUAUUUUGUAUGUUAAAUUGUUUAUAA